AUGGAGCUUCGGACGGUACCUGAUGCCAUGCAAGCGUGUAAAAAGCUGCACAUUAUGGGACCAAAAGUCGUGGUGAUCAGCAGUUUUCAGGAGGUAGCAGAGGCCGCCGAGAGUUUGCCGAAAGAGUUUGUGGUCAUUGGCAGCAAGAUCCGUCCCUAG